CUUGCUGUGGGAUUGGAGCUCAACGCCGGCAAAUGGGUGCCCGGAGAGGGCUGGGGAAGGGGCGACAGGCUAAAGGGGUACGCUCGGAGUCGUUCGUGAAGUGUGACUGUGACGAGGCUCAGACUCACGUUGGAGACCCCGCAAACAGAUGUUUUUAUUAAGAGAACGGAAACUAUAUUUCCCAGCAUUCUUAUGGUGAGAGAACUACAUUGUCAGAAAGCCUCUGCGGGAUUCAUCUGUAUUCCGUUUCCGCUUACUGACGCGGAUCUCCGGGAAUAUGAGGAGCCGCUGGCUUUGGCGGCUCCUACGCCCUGACGGCAGUCGAGGCGGCUGGACUUCAACGCCCCGCGGGCGUCUGUCGCCCGCCCUGCGGAGAGGUUUCUUGACAACCAUAACUAAGGCAAGUUAUGACAGGAGGCCAGUGGACAUAACUCCUCUAGAACAACGAAAAUUAACUUUUGAUACCCACGCGCUGGUGCAGGACUUGGAAACUCACGGGUUUGACAAGACGCAGGCGCAGACGAUUGUGUCGGUCCUAAGUACGCUAUCGAAUGUCAGCCUGGACACCAUCUAUAAGGAGAUGGUGACUAAAGCCCAGCAGGAAAUAACAGUCCAGCAGCUAAUGGCUCACUUGGAUUCCAUCAGGAAAGACAUGGUCAUCCUAGAGAAGAGUGAAUUCGCGAAUCUGAGAGCAGAGAAUGAGAAAAUGAAAAUUGAAUUAGAUCAAGUUAAGCAGCAGCUGACCCAUGAAACCAGUCGGAUCAGAGCAGACAAUAAGCUGGACAUCAACUUGGAAAGGAGCCGAGUAACAGACAUGUUCACAGAUCAAGAAAAGCAACUUAUGGAAGCAACCAAUGAAUUUACCAAAAAGGAUACCCAAACCAAAAGUAUUAUUUCAGAGACCAGUAAUAAAAUUGAUACUGAAAUUGCUUCCUUAAAAACACUGAUGGAAUCGAACAAACUUGAGACCAUUCGUUAUCUUGCAGCCUCGGUGUUCACUUGCUUGGCAAUAGCAUUGGGGUUUUAUAGAUUCUGGAAGUAAAAUUGACACCCCUGCUGUUGCUGCCCAUCACGCCUUAGAGUGUACUACUACAAAUUCUUCAAAGUGCCUAUGGACUAAAUAGCAGUAUUUUGGUAUUUUAUUUUUGUGUUGUAUGACGUUAUUGUAUUGAAGAGCUGUCUCCCAAAGCCUGGUUUGAGAUAGAAGAACAUUUUGUCCUUUUGGUAACUACAGCAACAGAAACAGUUUUUACAUUUGAGUUUUGCAGCUUUGCAAAUGAAGUAGGAUUUGUUAUCAGAUUGCAUACUUGAAAACAAUUCCAUAUUCUACAUACUUACUGGAUUUUAUGUCCCUGCUGAUUAUUGCAGUUAGUUUUUUUAUAUAAAAUAAAAGACUACAGUGAAGUUGGUUGGAUUUUCUAAGUAACUGCCUAUGUAAGUGGAGUUUUUUUGUAGUGAAUAAUAAAUUUUAAAAUGUGUACCCUAUUACAAAUGUGUUAUAUUUAAUAUGAAAUAUAUAGAGAUACUCUGA